CUAAAGUAAACGAUCUCCUACGCGACGAGGACGACCUUGAGCGUAUUGAGUUGCUGCGUAAUGACUUGAAGAAAGAGAGGGCGUCGGUGGGGUCGCAACUGAAGAUUGAGUGUGACAAGAGAAUCGCCAUCAUUACUGCUGUCCUGGAAAACCUGCAGGCGUCCAGCAAAGACCUGAAAAACCUGAAAGACAACCUCAGCAAGGUCGAAAGUCUCAGACAGCAAUCUGUGUCAAAUAUCAACAAAUACGAGCUCUUCGACAAGUCGUCGGUGGUGUACUCGAAUUUCGAGAAAGUUGUGACCACAUACAACAACUUUGUCCAAUUGGAAAACCGUAUUGCCUACGUGGACAAGCUGCUCGAUGAAGAACUUCCUGAAAAUGACUAUUUUCCAGAAGACUCUCCGGCAAAUAAUCUUCUGCUCAUCCAUUACGAACUGAACAGAUUGCGCGACUUUAAGGAUGAGCUCAUGCACCUGUCGGAAGCGAGUCGGGCAGGCUUGCGCUCGAUCGUGGUGCAGUCAUUUUUGCGUCUGGAUGAUGUUGUUGCUCGCUUUGAGCAUCUGCUGCGACUCAUCGUCGAUAACUUUGUCAGCAUCAUUGGAUGUUCCAACUUUGGACUCAUAGUGAAACUGGUGAAAAUCCUUGAGUUUGAGGACAAGGAAGACCUCAGACUCGCUUUGAUGAACCACCUCAUCACCCAGUCUAAAAGCAAGGACGAAAUGGCUGUCAGCAGGCUGGCCACGUACGUCAAACGCACUGCUCCGCGCGACUACAAAAAACUGGUGUACGGGUUUUUCCGCGAGUCGAUCGAGACGAGUUUCGAAGCCAUUGUGCAAGGCUCAGACCCGAAUGAGGUGCUCUCUAUCAUCGAGGAGAACUAUUACGAGAUUCUUGUGGCGUACAAAGUGGGGUCAGAGCGUGGGUUCCCUGCGAGCUGGAAGUUUUUCAACAAGAUUUUGGAAUGGUACCAGAACAGCUUGCGUGCUGUUGUGAAGCGCAUUGUGGCAGACCCGACGCUGCCUUCGUCGUAUAUCGUUCGUGUGCUCACUUUUGACUACGACAAUGCGCAGGCUAUCAGGGAAAAGUUUGGGUUUACCAAGAAACAGGUCGAGCCGUACUUGUUGCUCAGCACCGACGAGCGCAGGCGGCUGCUCAACGAGUGUCUGGAAUUCAAUAUUAAGAAAACUCGCGAGUGGGCCGAGAACGCAUUUGGUCCAGCGCUGAAGCUUUUCAGCACCAUGGAGAAAGAACCGUCCGACUCGUCCUCUGAAAAGCUGGGAAUCGAGAUGGCGCAGAUUCUGAUCGAGAUCCUGCGUUCCAACAUGAACACUUUGCUCGACGCUGGGGACAGCCCGAUCCUGAUAGAGUAUCUGCAAUUUUUCUGUGCGCAGUUUCUUCGCCAGUUCUACGACAGAUGGAUCGAGGCGCUUGAGAACGGUGCACGGCAGUGGAACGCCGCCGCCGAGGCCCCGGACAACGAGAACGUCGGCUGGCUUCCUCGGUACGUCACAAUUCUUGCAAACGACUGCGUGCGACUGGUCAAUGGGCUUGAAAGUCAAUUCAAGGAGGUCGAGCAGAUGGUCCACUCAAAGUUCCAUCCCCAACUCCAGAGCAUUCUUUCCCAGGGGACGCAGCAUGUUCUGAAUCUGGGAACAGAAUGCUUAGUCAAACUCAACGGGUUCAUUGUGGUCGAGUAUGACCCGUAUCUGAGCGAGGUGUUCACCAAAAAGUGGUACAAGAGCGAUGAGAUGGUGAGAACGUCGCUGCAGAUUGUGGACUCAUAUAUGGUUCCGCUCAAGGAAUACUUGGAUGCAGAAUUAUUUGAGUCGCUAUUUGAGCUUGUCUAUGACGCGUACUUGUUGCACUAUCUACAGGCACUUAAUGCCAGAAACAAGAUCGACACCAAGAAGUUCGAGUCGACCAUGGAGCGCGACGGACAUCUCAUCAACACACAGUUCUCCAACUACGUCGAAAAUUCUCAGAUCAUCGAGGACCACGUCUACAUCUUCGACAUCCUCAUAUACCUCGCCACGUUUGAAAACGAGCAGCAGUAUCUAGACGCGUGGCCAGGGUAUUUGGAGGUAUUCAACGAUUUACCGGUCGACUUUUUGAGGCUGGUCCUGGAGUGCAAACGACUAAAGGACAGCAAGAUCAAAUUCAUCGUCGGUGAAUGCAUGCACAUUUCGAAACUCUACCAGCCGGAGAAUUUCACGCCAACGUUCAUGUCCAACUUCAAAGCAAAAUAGUCACGACUCUAAUCUAUUCUCGCCGUAAAAAAACUAUGGUAAUCACUAGCCAUCCGUUGUCCAGCUCUUUUUUCAACGUAGCCGUGCCAUCCGUAGAACUAUUCCACGCGGCACCAAAAAAUGACUGGAUCCCGCAAUCGGCCUCCUUGGAAUCGAUCAGGUGCGCAUUGACGACAUACUUGUACUUGGAAGAUGUUUGCGUCAGCUUGGCCAGCACAUUUUCGACAUACUCGGAAACAUCUCCCUUGAAAAGCGUGUCCAGCUGGUCUGCCAGUUCUUUUUUGGUCACCGGCUGAAGUUAGAACUAGUUGCCUCGCAAACUUACCAGCUUGUCGCCGUUGAGUAGAUCCACCUCCAACACAGACAUGCCAUCUCUGCACCAUAAAAAGUUGUCAUAUAUUUCGCUGGUUGUGCUUACGUCAGCUGGUCAUAUCUAACGCACGUGUGAUAACAAUAAUUUUACUGCUGCUAGGACAGAAUUCUUCUCCAUGUCUUCGGCACCGCUUCUACAAGCUACUCCCGGCAAGCGAAUUGCCCUGCCCACCAGGGUCGAGCCUAAAGUGUUUUUUGCCAACGAGAGAACAUUCCUUUCGUGGCUGAACUUCACCGUGGUUCUUGGAUCGCUGGCUAUUGGUCUUCUCAACUUUGGCGAUAAAGUGGGGAGAAUCUCGGCCUCUUUAUUUACGUUGAUUGCUAUGGGCACCAUGAUCUAUGCACUGGUCACAUACCAUUGGAGAGCCGCUGCCAUCAGAAGACGUGGAUCUGGACCUUACGACGAUCGGUUUGGCCCUACGAUGCUUUGUUUUUUCCUGCUUAUUGCUGUGAUUGUGAACUUUACGCUGAGAAUAAGGGCCUAG